AUUUUAACAUGGCGUCAGAUGUGUAUUGCAUCGUCGCCACUUUCGAUUUCAGUUUACUAGAAAUAUAAAAAUAAAAAAAUGUAGACUAUUGUAGACUUUCUCUCGUAGUUUAUUUCACUCUGCUUAUAAAUAAUUUCAAGAUGCCCAGAGACGGGAAAAAGGCAAAAAGACGCCAUGGCCACGGUCUACUCAGUAGUUCAGAUGUAUCACUUCUUGACUUUGCUGAUGCUAGAAUCCCCCAGUCUUGUGGUCGACUCAGGAAAUCUGUGAUAAGUGGUAUGGGAGCAAUACCAAAAACAGCAAGUGCACAGAACAUAGUUCAGAAAGAAGAAGAGGAAACUCUUAGUUGGUUUGAGAAGGACCUAGAAGACUUUGUCAUUGGCGAUGAGCCCGAACAAGAUGAAGAAGAUGAAUCAGGAGUAAAAGAAUCAUCAUCAGUGAAUUCCAAGGAUUUAAAAAAGAAGAAGAGAGAGAAUUGUUCUGGGGGCAUUGUUUAUCCGGCUGACCUUUGGUUUCUGAUUGGCAAAUAUGUACAUCCUGAAGAUAUCGGCAGAUUUGCUGGGACUUGCCAAGCAGCUCGAUUUGUGACCCAUACCUCAGCUUUCUGGAGAGACCUCUAUGUAAGGUAUUAUGGUAAAGGAAAAGAUGGUUUACCUGAGCAAGUUAAGCCCCAUAGCAUGGAGAAACUACAUGGUCUGAGGGCUCGGGUGAUUAGGGCUAUGUUUAUUCUGUACCAGCCACUGGCUCAGCGUGUGCAGAGCAGGGGUCCAAUGGAAGAUGAGCCACAUUUAUUAAUAGGGCACAGAUGUCUUUUAGCUUGGCACCAACCAGCUCCUAAAGGUUGGCUGUUUUGUUUUAAAUUUCAAAAGCCCUCAUUACAACCUUUGGCCAGUAAACCUGCCACGAAGAUAGAUAUUUAUAAAGGUUACAAUGACCUGUUUUACAACCCAGAAGGAGGCUGCUCAGUGUUACAGGUCACUUGCUGUCAUUUUGCCUCUGUCCAGGCUGUCAUGGGAUUGCUGAUGAACCAGGUCUAUGUCACACUGAGUGCAGGUUUUCGUCACCAUCGUCUGCGUUUACACUUUGAUUCUAGAUAUACCUCCAACAACCAUUCCUCGUCUGACACAGUGGUGGUCUUGGACGAUGUGAUCUCUAUCAAAGUGAUGAAGUGGUGGUACCCAGGCUACCCUUUCACCUCUUGAUGUUCCGCAAUGAAAUAUUUCAAAUUAUUUAUUUUGUAAGGAUCUUUACAUGAAUCUGUAUGCGUCACUGUGAUUUAAAGAGCUGAAUUACAACUACAGACUAAAAAUGAGACUAGUCACAAAAUGUUUCAAUAGGACAAUAAAUGUGCAAAUAGUAUUAGGGAAGUACUUUGUAAUACUUACUUCAUUGUAAGAUUAUAUUAGGGUUUAGGGUUUGUUUUUUAUACACACAUUUUUUAGCCUAUUUUAAAAAUAUUUUGUUCCGAUUUUGUUUUUAUUCUUUGUAAAAAUGUAUUUUUUCAAUUAAAUUAGAUUAAAAAUGCAUUUACAGGUUUAAUGCAAACUUCUGAGAAGUUCAUAUAUUAUUUAUCUUUAGAAAUGAAACAACCAGAACAAGUUUAUAAUUUCUGUUAUAUAUCGUUGAAGUAUCAAACUAGAAUUGUAAAAACAAAACCUUAUACUUGAAAAAAUCUCUAAUUGUAUAAAGUUGUGUGUGUAUGUGUAUGAAAUCAUUAAACGUGUUACAAUUGUCAUUAUCCAACAUAAGAAAAAGAACUACUUUUCAAAAUUUGAAAGAGUAUAUGGAACAAAUAAUGAGUUCAACAUUGUUCUUAAGCUUUUGUUUUUAAAUCAACUUUUUAGAAAAAUGCCAGAUUCUAAUAAAUUGAUCUCUGACUUUGUCUGCAUCAGCUGGAUCUUUGAAAAUGCUUUUUACAUGUAAGAACUUAUUUAACUGGUAAGCUUAAAACAAGUGAGCACCUUGCUACUUGAAUAAAUUUAAUUGAAAGGAAAAACAGUCCUAAUUCAAAACUAAAUAAUAUGGUUAAUAUUAAUGCUGAGAACUCGAAAUGUACAUGGUGGCAAGAUUUUUUAAAAUAUAUUUUCAUCAAACUUUUUUUUUACAGAGGAACAAUGUACAAGAAGGCACAAAUAAGGGAAUCUUAUUUUUAACUUUCACAAAAUUUUAGUCUAAAAUGAUCUCAAAUUAUAGCUAUAUAAUUGUAUACAUUUUUAAAAAGCCAAUUUCAUCAUGUAAAGGAUUAUCACUUCUCUAUCACAAACUUGUGUGUUCUUUGUUUUCCAACUUAAUCAUUGAGAGUUGACAACUCAAAAAAGACCUACAUCCUUUUUUUAAGCUUAUAGUUUUCUCUUGACAAAAAAAAAAGACUUAAUCUUAUGUUUCUUCUUCUGUAAAAUACUGCUCUGUUUGUUAACUGUUUCUUUUUAUCUGUUCUGUUUUUUUUUUUUGGCUAACAAGUUUGAUGUGAUCUAAUUUACAAUCCUCAGUUAAUCUUGUGUUCCUGAACACACUUGCUUCACCUAGUCAGAACAAAGUACCAAGUGCCUAAAACCUGUUAGUAUUCAAAAUCCAAACUUAAUUUAUUAGCUUCUCUGUGAUUCUAUCAACACUAAUUACCAGUACAUGGAAGAUUUACAUUUUUUACCUUAUAUAAAUAAGUUUGUAAAAUAUUUUGUUUGUUUGCUAAUUUUUUUUACACAUGAUUUUAGUUUUUGCGAAUUUUUUGUUUUAUGAGAUUCAUUUUUUGUAGCAGCCCCACAGAUCUAGUUUGUAUUAUUUAGUAAUGAAGUUAACUUUUGCAUGCAACUUGUAACACCAUACAGAGUAAAUUUAGAAUUAACCAUUGACUAGCAACAGAAAAUGUAAAGUAUAUUUAGUUUAACACUGAAAUGUAUGAUGUGAGAUAAUAAUAAAUAAAGGCCUUUUCUUACUCCAUAUGCUAGGACAUAUUCAUACAAGUGCUCCUUCUUCCCUAGUGCCAUUAAAAUAUGGAAUAGGUUGCCUGAUUCAGCCAGGAAAAAACAAGUUAGUCUCCCAACAUGCUUAAUUAGACUGACACAUAGAUACGCUUAGGACAUAAUUAUCUUUUAAAAGAACAUCUGUAAUUUAUAAGAUUAAGUAAGAACUUAACACUUCAAGUGUUCUGAGAAAUCAAACAUGUUGGCUUCAAUGUUACUAAACUGUAUUGUGGUACAAAGUUUUAAUGUUAAAUUAUAGAAUUUGUGAAUGUACAUUCCAUAGAAAUAUAUUCAACCAAGAUUUGUCUUUACUUCGUGUGCGAGAAUUUACAAUUAUGUUGUGGGAUGAAUGGCACAAGGCCACCUGAGUGGUCUCCAGUUGGAUUCCUGAGAUAGACUUGAGCUGGGUUAUCUAAGAUACCCCCCUCCCAACAGCAAUAAUUUAUAUUCAAUGAAGAUAUCAGAUGGUAAGAGUUUUAGGAACUUCAAAUUAUUUGCAUUCAGUCUUUUAAAACUUAAGAUUAGCAGAAUGUCUCUUAGUAAUAUAUAAUUCAACAUAAUUUAUGCAAAUUAGGGAAAUUCUUCAGCAAACUGUUCCUAGCAGUUAUUGAAACUGUGGUAAAAAUACUUUGUAUCCAUUUAUUGGAGGAUAGUAAAUCUGUUUGAAAGGUAUACAAUGCUAAAAGUGGGUGAUUUAAUUUCUACCAGGUAACAGUACUUUGUUACAAAUCUAAAAUGACAUAUCAGAAGUGUGCAUUAUGUUGUGAAAAGCUAGUUGUGUUCAUAGGUAUCUUUUAGUGUAUUUGAAUAUAUUCAAUCAGGUUGUUUGUUUCAUCAUGAAAUGUCAAACAAUCAGGUACACUGUUAUUGUAGCCCUAACAUAAAAAUAAAACUUUUGUUUGAGAACAUAA